UAAUUAAUCUCUACGGCACUCUCUCUCUACGAUUACUCUUUGAGAGCAUAUCUCUCUAGAAUAUCGAGUAUUGCUGACUUGAGCGUCGGAGUGUUUUCCCCGAGAAAACAUCUUCGGGAAUUUCAGGUGUAGAAGCAGCUGAAGACUUCAACAGUGUUGGAUCGUGAAGUUGCCCAAACAGGAACUUAAGCCAACAUUAUAUGCUAUCACGGUUGUCUUUGUUUGGAAAGCUUCCAGAGAAAUUUGAUUUUGGCACAUUUCCCCCAAAGCUAGAGAUUCUUACUUUGGCGGUGUCAGAACUAUCGGACGACUCAAUGGAAGAACUAGGAAAUCUGGAGAGCCUGAAGAUCCUUAGGCUGCACGCCCAUUCCUACAUGGGGAAAAAAAUGAAAUGUGGUCGUGGCAUUUUCCCAAAGCUUCAAAUCUUAAAAUUGUGGAUGCUUGAGGAGCUCGAGAAAUGGGAGGUGGAGGAGGGAGCCAUGCCCGCCUUAGAAGAAGUUGAGAUCAGAUGCUGUAAGAAACUCAGUAAUCCUGAUGGAUUGAAGGAGUUGGCCACUCUGAAGGAAUUGAUUUUGACAAGUAUGAAGCAGGAUUUUGUGAAGGAGCUUAAAGAAAGCCUAGGCAGCAAUGUGUCAAUCGUAAAAGAAAACGACUGGAAGUUUUCUUCUACCUGGUGGAAAUCAAAUUCGUGGAGUGAUCUCUGGGUUUCAGCGGGGAUGAGUAUCAUCAUAGCGUAUUUACGCUGGCGUCAAAAGCAGGGAUCUCGCCAUGUAUGGGUCUAAUUUCGUUCUCUAUAUAUCUAGUGUGAUAUCGAUUUGCCUCCAAAAUAACCCUGUGGGACGAAAUUUCAUUAGCACAGUCUUUUCAUUUUUCAGUUUUUUUUUUUCUUGUAUUGUGCUGGAAUAAUGAUUGUUAGUAUCAUUACUCAGUGUGCUAUGUGAAGGCUUCUGUCUAUUUAAUGCUGAUCUAUAUAAAAUAGCAGUGGAGCUUGUAGAACCACAAUUUCAAUCGUUUUUAAUUUCCUUUUAUAGAUACGACAAUGAACGUAUUUUGUUUGC